CUCUGUGGAAAGAUCACAAGGGUCCUGCACGGGUCAACGUUAAGCUUUUUCAAGCCCCGGGCUGGAGGAGCGUAGAUUUUCGUAUACGUAUCACUAAUGUUUGGAAAAGAAAAUCUUCCCGAAGAUGAAUCACAUAAGUACGCCAUAUCCAGAUUGACUAUGAAAGAGAUUUUGGCCAGCACUGCACCCACAAAUAAUUUACUCUAUUAACUCCCUUUUCAUGAAAAUUCCUCUUAUUGUUACGUUCCAUAUCCUCUCCGCCUUAGUACCUGUUACGGGUCAUCCUGGUGAUGUGGGGGCAGCUCAAAGUUUAAGGGUCCUGACUGAGACAGAUGCCAUGCUUACCAAUCCAAAUGCAAUUGAAUUUCCAGAUCUUAAGGAAACCGUAAUACGUGCUGAGCUUGUCGAAAUCCCCAAUUCCAAACGUACGGAUUCACUUUUAGGUGAGGGGCAACCGGUGAAUAUAGGGCCAUCAUUUAUGCCAGAGCAUCGCAUAAGUGUAGGUUCAAGGGGCGGCCUAUCUGGAGGCACAAAGGGUGGUCUGUCUGGUAGCUCCAGUGGUGGCCUGUCUGGAAGUACAAAGGGUGGUCUGGAUGGUGGUUCUAGUGGUGGUCUGGAUGGUGGUUCCAGUGGUGGUCUAUCUGGUGGCUCCAGUGGUGGCCUGUCUGGAGGCACGAAGGGUGGUCUGUCUGGUGGUUCCAGUGGUGGUCUGUCUGGUUCCAGUGGUGGCCUGUCUGGUGGCUCCAGUGGUGGCCUGUCUGGAGGCAUAAGGGGUGGCCUGUCUGGAGGCUCCAGUCCCUUUUACUGGCCAGUUGUUAUUCCUAUAGUGGUGAUUGCUGGCUCUGGUAAUAAAAGGCACACCACAACCAUCACCUCCACCACUACUAUGUUGACUAACUCCACCACACCCUUGCCCGGUACCUUAACGUCGACUUCGUGGUCAACAAGCACAAGUACAACCACUAGUGUCGCUGGAUCGUCAACUAAAACAUCUGGGUCUACCUCUACUCCUCGGUACAUUCCGGUUCAUGUGGGGCCUAUAAUCUUGUUAAUUCUGUGCGUCUUUAUUCUCUAAUUUAAUAUAUGAAUCAU